CUCGAUAAAAAUUAAAAAAAAUCUUAUCCUAUAAAAAAAGAUGCCUCAUUCAUAUGGUUUACGAGCAAGAACACGUCAUCUUUUUCAAAGAAAAUUCCGUCAAAAAGGUCAGAUUAGACUUUCCACAUACUUAAAAACAUAUCGAGUCGGUCAAUAUGUAGAUAUUUGUGUUAACAGUGCUGUUCAAAAAGGAAUGCCUUUUAAGUAUUAUCAUGGUCGAACAGGCAAAGUUUAUGGUGUUACAAAAUCCUCAGUCAAUGUUCUUGUAUAUAAACGUACUGGUCAUCGAUGUAUAGCCAAACGACUUAAUAUUCGUGUGGAACAUGUUCGUCAUUCUAAGUGUAGAGAAGACUUUAUACAGCGUGUUAAACAGAAUGCACGAUUACGUCAAGAAGCAUGUGCAAAAGGAGAAUAUAUAUGUUUGAAACGACAGCCAAAAGGUCCUCGACCAGCACAUAUAGUAACAGUUGAUUCGUUACCAGAAACUGUAAGAGUUUCUCCUUACGAAACUACACUGUAAAACAAUCGUUUAUAUAAUAAUCCCUUGUGUACUUAGUAAAAAUAAU